CUGACACUGAAAAAAAACCUACUACAUACAUAUAUUUUCCCUAAAGAACUUAAGUUCUUUGAUUUUCCCGUUUCCCCUGAAAGUUUUCCGGACUUCCCAAGAACGUUUAACGUAGAAUGGCGUAUUAUAAAACGAUACAUGAACAUUUGGGAAGAAAUGUGAUAUCUGUGCAUCUCCAAUGUCAAUCAACCGAUGCCAAGAGACUCUGUAUUCACGAUUUUAAGCAAAAGUAUAUGUCUGACAACCAUUAUGACCUUGGAGGUACUUACACGGGCUCUGAAUCAGACCUAUGGUUCUAUAUUACUACAACAACUUUUGCUGAAAAGGGCCACCUAAUUAAUCUGUUUGUUUGUCACAGAAAAGUUGGGGUAGUUGUUAUAACUGUCACCUUGAAUGGAGUCACAAAUAGCCAUAUUUUCAAAAGUAACAAACCCAAUGAGAAUUACCACUUAAAAACAUUUAGCGUAACAGAAGAACUGAUUGCUUCAACAAAUGAAAAUGUGCUUUUUAUACCCGUCACAGUUGAGAUAGAACCUGCACAGCUUGUCGACCCGGAGGUGAUUAAAAAAAUAAAAAAUGAUAAUUCCCUAGGAGAAAAAUUGAGGAUUAAAAAUACUGAUUUUGUAUUGGAGUCCAUCAGUGGUACACAGUAUGCUGUACAUAAAUUAGUGUUGUGUGCUCACAGUCCAGUACUAAGGGAACUGGUCAAGAGUUCGGCUAAAACAUCUGCAUUCCUUGAUAUUUCUGAUGAGUACAUGAACUUGUUAAUACAGUUUUUGUACACUGGGACUGUUACUGACGUCCACAAAACAGAAUGCAUGAGGCUGCAGGAAUUGGCCUGCAAGUUUGAGUUGUCUAAUUUAUUUCUAUUGGCGCAGCACUAUAUCUGUGACCAGAUAAAUGUGGAGAAUGCUGUAGAUAUAGCUGUUUUAGCCAAGAAGUAUAAUUUGGACAAGCUUUGGGAGAAAGUCUGCACUUUCAUCCAAGAGAACCCUGCAGUAUUGUCUACUGAGAAAUGGAAAGCUGUUGAUGACAUAGAUUUAGCUAAAAACAUUUGUGCUACUUUAGUUAAAUUAAAUUAAUUAAGAAAAUUUUAUUCUUGUGUAAAUAAAGUAUUUUUAUGCGAUA